AUGACGAUCAUUGUUUUCCUAUCCUACUUUUCGGUUCAGUCGGAUCCUCCUCGUCGUCAAAGUAGUCCUGCGUAUUCUGUCCCUUUUCCUCGACUGGUGUCCGGCGAGGCUCGUACGAGUGGAUUAGUCAAUUCAUUCAACAAGAUGAAUUUGCGCGCACGCGGUCCGUCUGGUAAUGGCAACGUUCCGGAAACCCAUAGCCGUUCCCUACUGGGAACAGCACAUCCAAUGUCUGCGUUGGAACCCAUUCCUCAAGGCCAAGAAUUGUCCGUGCAUACACACCUGACCGCUACUCAUAGCGCCACUCUGUCCCCAGGUAUGAUUUGA